GACGGAUUUCUUGGGUUGUCGUCACUUUCUUUUACCCUGUCCCGCCCUCAGCCUCCAUCUAUCUAUCAUCUUUCUUCUUUCUUUCUCAAAGCCUACAUCUUGUAGCCUCUAGGCGCCACUCUCCCUUGUGUUUUUUUGUGUAUUUUCAUACUCGUAUCCUUUCUUGCAUGUGUUCCUGUUUUGUAUAACCCGUUUUCUCCCCUUCCAAAUGGGUCUUCACUUAAGCUCUGCCUGGAGCACCCCCAGGGGCUGGAGGCUGAUUACAGUAACACUCGUCGCCCUGACCUUGCUGCUCGUUGUACCCCUCCAUCGGCUCAGCGACGAUUCACCGGGCGUUUAUGGACAUUUGACCAAUUAUCUCAGCCAUGAAGGUGCCGCAUACGAUGUCGAAGAAGGCUUCGUCGCCAACCUCAACGAGACGACUACCAACCAAAUACUGAACGAUAAGGAGCCUGCCGAAAAGGUUCCAUACGAUACGGAUUCGCCACAAUACACCGGCGAGAAAGGCAAAGAAGCCUCUGACAGCGCUGAGAAGCCUGCUGGAGCUCAACACCCAGAGGACGACAAGAAGCCGGAUGAUGCAGAGGACGAUGGAGCGGUUCUUGAGAUUGAUCAUGGCGACAGCGAUACACCUCAAAACACCGACCAGAUCCACAGCGAGGUGCCAAAGGAGACCACGAAGCCCGAGAGCAGCGAGACCGAAUCGCAUGGUGUACAAAGUGGUGAACCCAAGCCGCAAGAGGAUGGAAACAAGCCCGAAGAGGCCGAUAAGGAACACCGGCCACAGGACAACACGCAGCCUCAGAGUGGUGAAAAGAAACUCCAGGCCGAUGAGACAGCCCCAGGCGACGAGCAAAAACAACCACACAGUGAGACUAAGACCCAAGAGAGUGAGAACAAGCAUCAGCAGGGUGAAAACAAGGCCCAGGACGAUGGAGACAAGCAGCCUGAUGGUAUCAAGCUCUCUGAUCAGUCGCAAAACAACAAUGACCACAAGAACGAAGACGGCGAUAGCGCGACCAAGGCCCAAGUUUAUCAAGAUAGCGCGACAACCAGCAUCGCGAGUGAGUUCAUGCCUUCUCAAACGGCAGACUUGGAUGUUCCUUCGGGUCCUUUAUCAAACUGGACUGGAGUUUGCGAUGGAUUUCCCAACACCGAUGGUAUCAUGCUUGUCAUGAAAACCGGUGCCACCGAAGCAUUUACCAAGCUCCCGGCCCAUCUCUUGACGAGCCUGCAGUGUCUGGACGACUAUCUUCUCUUUUCUGAUCUGGACCAACAAAUCGACAAGUACCAAAUCUACGACGUCCUCAAGGACGUGAAGGAUGACGUCAAAAAAGGUCGCAAGGAAUUUGACCUCUACAAAGCCCAAACUGAGUGCCCAAUUGCUCAGCAGUAUUGUACCGAGAAUAUGAAGGAAGGCUGGAAUCUUGAUAAGUACAAGUUCCUCCACAUGGUAGAGAAAGCCUGGGAGAUGCGUCCCAAUAAGGAGUGGUACGUGUUUGCUGAAGCCGACACCUACGUCUUCUGGUCGAAUCUUGUGUGGUACCUUCGCAACAGGGUCAAUGGUACAGAGACACCAUACGUCGGCAGUGUUGCCAUGCUCAAGGGAAAGCCAUUCGCCCAUGGCGGCAGUGGUUAUGUCAUCCAUGGAGACACUAUGAGGAAGAUGGUUGAGAUUCCUGACUUGGCACACAAGUACGAUAUGAUGGCUACCCAUGAAUGCUGUGGUGAUUACCUCAUGUCCCUGGCUGUUAUGGAAACCGGCAAGAAGGUCAAACAAGCACACCCGAUGUUCAACGGCGAGAAGCCUGUAACCCUUCCAUUUGGCAACAAUCACUGGUGUGAGCCUCUCUUGACCAUGCAUCAUAUGAAUCCCGAGGAAGUCAGCGACGCCUGGCAUUUCGAGAAGACGCGACAGAAACAGGGGUUCAUCCAAAUCAGAGAAAUGUAUCACCAGUUUUGGGCUCCUCAGCUGGAGGCGGAGCACGACGAUUGGGAUAACUUGUCCGACGACGUCUGCUAUAUUGGAUUCGGUCCUGAAGCUCAGGGCAAGGCCACUGAUCACCAGAAGGGCCGGCAAAGGAAGGAAAACGAGAAGAAUGCCAUUGAGCAACACGCUCACCGAUCCAAGGAGCACUGUGCUAUGGUCUGCGAGGCUGAAAAUCUCGAUAUUUCGGAAGACGAUUAUUACAAUCUCAAGGACGACAAAGAACGCAACGAGAUGAUCAGGACCCGUUACAGUCAGAAGAAGGGCAACAAGGAGUGGCACACUGGCCGGCGCUGUUUCCAAUGGCGUUACCACAACAACGUGUGCUGUAUCGCCAGGAGUUUCAAGAGGGGCAAGCCUCGCAAAGAGCAAAAGCCCGAAGAGAAGUGGACAAGUGGCUGGUUUGUGCAAGGCAUCAACGAUUGGAUCGACGCCAAGGGUGACUGUACACCAAAGUGGAAGGAUUAAGCAGCGAUAGCACUCGACGUGCACUUCUCACUACUAUCAACCGGAGUGGAACAAGAUCAUGAGUGGUGUUUUGUAAUCCCUUUCGUGGGAUCGGCGUUUAAGGAAUUGGGUAAUUUGCAUCGUGAUAAAGGGAUAUUUCUUGGAUACAGAUGAACAUCUUCUUUUUCUUUCUUUCUUUUUUUGGGGUAUUGGGUCGGCGCAUUGUUGCAUGAUCUGUCAGAUUAGAGUAGAGCAGGCCAGAGGAGCAAACAUCAGGUUCACAACUGUUAGACAAAGAGAUAUGGCGGACACAGAUUCAUAUCAAUAGCUCCUUGUGCACACAACGACUUUGAAAGAAUUAUUGGAAGUAAGCUGACAGGUGUAUAAAAAUAAAAGCAUUAC